UAACAAAAUAACAGAGAAGGGUCCAGUAUAUGUCGGCAGUGGAUCCCUUGGUUGCGGCUCGUGUUAUACAUGAUGUGUUGGAUCCAUUUACAUCAACUGUUGCACUCACAAUAGGCUACAACAAUAGGCUAGUUCGGCCAGGUGCUGAGCUAAAACCAUCUGCAGUUGUAAGCAAGCCGCGAGUUGAUAUUGGGGGCAAUGACAUGAGAGUUCUCUACACCCUGAUGUUGGUGGAUCCAGAUGCCCCAAGCCCAAGUCACCCAUCACUAAGGGAGUACUUGCACUGGAUGGUGGCAGACAUCCCUGGAACAACUGGUGUCGGCUUUGGCCAAGAGCUUGUGGUUUAUGAAAGACCGGAGCCAAGAUCCGGCAUCCACCGGAUGGUAUUUGUGCUGUUCCAGCAACUAGGAAGGGGGACGGUUUUUGCACCGGACAUGCGGCAGAACUUCAGCUCCAGGAACUUCGCACGCCAGUACCACCUCAACAUUGCUGCUGCCACAUAUUUCAGCUGUCAAAGGGAAGGUGGAUCGGGUGGAAGAAGGUUUAGGCCGGAAAGUUCUCAAGGGGAGUAGAGACUAUAUAUUACAGAGUACAGACCAUUAGAUGACUGUAUCCUGGUGUUGCCUCACAAUACAGGAUGCUCUGUAUCACCCAAAUUAUAUGCAGGGUAUGUAUCUUGAGUACAUUAUAUUCUACAAAAAACUAUGUAUCUUCAUCUAUGACGAGCGUGAUGGAAUAUAUGUUGUUUAUUAUUUAA